GUUCCUGGGAUCUCACCGUAAUACCCUGACACACAGAGAGGCUCACAGCAACAUCAGGAUACUCAUGAGGGUAAUGUCAAGUACUGAACCUUGGGUUGGGACCUGGAGGCCCCACAAGCCAAGAGGGCCCAUAGCUGCCCUCUAUGGCAGCCCAGGGCCCAAGUAUGCACUGCCUGGACUCACAGGAGUUUCUCAACAUGACCCCACUAAAUACAAAGCACCAAUGUUCAGCUUUGGGGCACGUCAUGACCGCAAGCUAGAGAGCUCCCCUGGACCAAGCUACCUCAUCCCCUCCAACAUCACCAAAGUGGGCAGAGACGGCACUCCUGCGUUUUCACUCCACAGCCGUCCAAAGGAGCCACAAUUGUUCCAGGCUCCCGGACCAGGCAAAUACUCCCCAGAGCGUUCAGUAAAGGCGAUCUUCCACUCCGCUCCUGCUUAUUCUCUAUCUGGGAGGGGCAAAGACAUCAACACUAUCCAAACACCAGGUCCAGCCUCCUACUCUCUGCCCCCAGUGCUGGGAGACAAAACUGUGGCCACAUCUGCAGCUCCCACCUUCUCGUUUUGUGGCCGCAGCAAAAACGGAAGCUUCCAUGAGGACCUGAAGAAGACUCCUGGCCCCGCUGCCUACAAAGUUGUGGACCCUUGUAUUUACAAUAAAAAACCUCCCCAGUUUAGCAUGACAGGCCGCAACUUCCCACCCAGUGAAACCACAAAGAAACCAGGACCUGGCGCACACUGUCCUGAGCAGGUGACCUUCACAAGAGCAAAAGCUCCGAGCUUCUCCUUUGGACUACGUCACUCGGAGUUCAUCGCGCCCCUCAUCAUAGAUGUGCCUGAAUAAUCACACAUCAUCUCAUUUCAACCAGAAAUUCACACAGCAUAAAACAAAAAGCACAAUAAAGCUCAGAAAGCAAA